AUGGUAGCAGUAGCAAGGCCAAGGUGGGGACAAGAUGGGCAGUGUGAGUGGGAUGGGAAACUUGGUAUAUUUCCAUUCACAGAUGCAGUGGCAGCAAAGAGAACAUCCAAAAACAGAGUGAAGGGGACAAUUGAGACUAAACCAAUCAAGUCAGUGAAUCAGAUUGCAACUAGGGCCAUGCUAAUCAACUACCUAAUCCCAGCAAUUAAAGAGAAAUGGCCACCACAUGAGGGGGAAAAGGUGAUAUACAUCAUUCAAGACAAUGCAAAGGCACACAUUUUGCAAAAUGAUCAAGAAUGGCAGCAACAUUACAAGCAAGAUGGCUUUACAUUGAUAUUGACUCAGCAGCCAGCAAACAGUCCAGAUUGUAACAUAUUAGACUUGGGGUUCUUUAGGUCAAUUCAAUCACUAAUGCACAAAAAGAUGCCUAAAACAGUUGAAGAUUUAAGUGGUGCUGUGACUGAGGCAUAUAAUGAACUGCAUGCAAAGACUCUAUCUAAUGUGUGGAUGUCACUUCAAUAUGUUGGAAAUGAAAUUUUGAAACACAAGGGGGACAAAAACUACCAACUCCCACACAACAAGAAAAAUAUUUUAGAAGAUGAGGGGAAUCUGCCAGAACAAGUUAAGGCCCCAAGGUGGGUUGUGAAUGAAUGCAAACAACUUGUUGAUGAAUGGAGAGCAAAUCAGUGA